AUGUACCGUGCGGUGUUGUUAAUUGCUUUGGUUCCGGCCCUGGUUUUCGGAAAUGUGGCCCGCGUCUGUACGGGCAAUCGUCCGCAUCCAAUCAGUGUCGAUGUGUUGGGUUGCACCAGCCCACCUUGCGAUUUGGAACGGGGGCAGGACAUUAUUGCCUACAUCGACUUCACCACUGAUCGUUCCGUCACCUCGAUGACCACGCUUGCUACCGCAAUGGCGACCGGUAUUGUAACGGGCUACCCAGUGGGGUCGAAUGCCAUCACGUGCAAUUUUCUGCAGGGCUCUAGUUGUCCGCUGAGCGCGAACGAAAACGUCACCUAUCGCUUGACAUUGCCCAUCCUGCCGAUAUACCCUCUUGUUAGCCUAAGUAUCGAGGUCGAUGUCAUCGAUCAAAACAACCAGUCCGUCAUCUGUUUCGUGGUGGAUGCUCGGGUCGGUGCCGCAUCGAAGUAG